GGAAAGGAGAAAAAAACGUCUUGAUGUGAAUUAUUUGAAAACAACCAUGUGAGCUUCCCCCUACCAGGUUUCCUCGGAAAGCAUGUCUGCGACUUGAACCAAGUUUCACACCCUUUUGGCGCAGACCACUUCUACCAAACAGGGCAGCGGUCGCUGAUGGGUUCACUAACCGGCGAUGCUGCCAGACUAUGCAGAGCCAUACUCUCAGCAAGCAGCGGGAAGAAGGCGGCGAGAUGGAGCCCCUUGGUGGAGCAGGCUCUCCACGGCCUCGGCUCCCGGAGCAUCCUUACCCCAUCCCUGGUCUCUUGCGUCAUCAUGCCGGGGCUUAUCGACCACCACUCUCUCGCUCUCGGCUUCUUCGAUUGGGCCGCUCAGCAACCGGGCUUCUCCCACACUUCGCAGACCUAUCAAUCCCUUUUCUGCGUUCUUUCCCGUUCCAAACAGUACGCAUCCAUCGACAAACUGUUUACAAGGCUCAGAGCUCAACGGUUUCAACUGGAUGCGGCUUCGUAUUGUUCAAUUAUACAGGCGCAGUUGGUUUGCAGGAAAACACAACUCGCUUUUUCUACAUUCAUGGGUGUCGAGAGGUUUUGGGAGAUCGAUGGGCGGGUAUGCAACUUGCUUCUAGGCGCCCUUUCUUCUGAUGGCCAUCUCGAGUUAGCGGAGAAACUGUUUGAGAGAAUGCGUUUGGCGAAGAUGGCUUUCACGAAUUUGGGGUUUGGCGUCUUCAUUGGGAAGCUCUGCAGGGGGGCCGAGCCUGAGAGACUCUUGGGCUUGCUCGACGGGGUCGCGGACGGGGAAAUUUGCGGCGUGAAUGGAUCGAUUUUAGCGUUGUUGGUUGCAGACGGGCUGUGUCGUUCUUCAAGAACCACGGAAGGAUGGUGGGUAUUGGAGGAACUAAGGAAAAGAGGUUGUAAGCCGGAUUUCAUUGCAUACAGUGUCGUAAUUGAGUCGUUUCGGAAGUUGGGAUGUUUGGAGGAAGCUCAGAUGGUUCUCAAGCAGAAAAGGAAGAUGAGUGUUGCCCCCAGAAUUCACGAGUACAAAGAAUUCAUUCUUUCCUUGAUUGCGGAACAAAGAAUUCCUGAAGCUAAGGAAAUGACAGAAGCAAUUCUGGGUGGGAAUUUCCCGAUUGAUGAUGAUGUCUAUAACGAGUUGAUUAGUCCGCUAGCUGGUAUUGAUGCUGAUGCCGCCAUUGCAUUUUUUCAAUCCAUGGUGGCGAAUGAUCGGUUUCCAUCAGUCGAUACACUCAAGAAUUUAAGCAUCAAUCUCUGUAGUUGUGGCAAGAUUAAAGAAAUGAGGGAUAUUUUUAAGCUGCUGGAGUUGAAAUGUUUCUUCUCCAGUGCUGAAAGAUACAAUGUCAUGGUCUUCUUCUUGUGCUUGGCUGGAAAGGUGAAGGAGGCCUAUGGAGUACUGAGAGAGAUGAGGAGAGACGGCCAUUAUCCAGAUGUAGUCACUUAUAACACUGUGAUGGAGGCUUGCUGUAGGGAAGACAUGCUGCGUCCCGCUCGAAAAUUAUGGGAUGAGAUGUUUGCAACGGGAUGUCCUGGUAACUUGCAGACAUAUAACAUCUUAAUUAGAAAGUUCUCAGAUUCCGGCGAAGUUGAUGUCGCCCACCGGCUCUUUGAUCAUAUGUUAACGAGAAACAUCUUGCCUAACAAGAUCACGUACUCAUCACUUGUCAAAGGGCUUUGUCGGGAAUCGAAGAUGGAUGAUGCUGUUGAGGUCUUAAGAAAGUCACUUGAACAGGAUAUCGUUCUUGGGGGAUCGACGUUGAGCACAUUAAUCCAUUCUCUCUGCGAUGCGGGUAACUUUGUCACAGCUUCAAAAGUUAUGCGUCAGCUUGUACCUUGUGAUUUAACGACCUCAGAUUCGCAUGCCUUUUUGCUGAAGAAUUUGGUUGAGGAAGGGCAUCUUCAGAUGGCAAUGGAACAUAUUGAAUGGUUGAGAGGCGGCUCCCCGUCCAAACUACAAGCAGUAGCUACUGAGCUUAGUGGAUGUCUUUCUACUGCUUUAAAGCCUGAACCGAUUCUCCAGCUGCUUCAUGUAAUGGAUAAAAAGAGUUUGAUAUCUGAUUGUGGUCCAUGGAGAAGCAUGCUCCAAAAGUAUUUGCCAGAACUGGGGAAUCUACAUGUUCAGAAUGGUACAAUGUGAAGACCCAGGUAUUCCCUCUUCACUCCGUUUCCAAUGUUUAGGCUUGGUGCGCUACAUCGUAAAUUGUUGUUUCACGUGUGCUAAAUAACAUAUCUGGGUCCUGGGAGGUUCCUGCAUAACCGACAUACGGACCGAAGAUAUGAAAGUAGAUUUUUCCCUGUUUUGAGUCUAGUAGCAAAUCUUGAAUGUAUUCUUCUGUGUUAAUAACUGAAUUGCCUGACAACUUUGCAGAGUUAUUAUAUUCAAUGGAUUAUACAAUCAAAUAUGAUUAGCUCCGCAUACCGCAGAAAAGCAGUCUAAUUUUGUAGACCAAGGUCCCAAAGUAGCACAUUAGAUGUCAUCCUGAAGCUCCUAAACUAUAUCACACACACACACUUGGCAUCAUGUCCUACACCAACUUGAUUCUGAUUUUAGAUGGUUUAUUCACUCUGGAAGCUGUUUAUUACAUUCAACAAUAAUUUGAAUGGAUACCUUGCUGACCCUUGUUUGUUCAAGAAUAACUAUUUAGGCUGUUUGUAGUUUUAAUUCUUGUUCUUGUUUCCUAAGAUUAGGCACAUGCAGAGAUGUUUAUCUACCUUGGGAUAUCAGAGUCGUUGUGCGUCAUUCUAAAGCUGGAACACGGAGCUUUAUUCCUUCCUGUGUAGGUAACAACACAUGAUAGUUUUUUUACUUCAAUAGUGCCAUGAAAGGAGGUGAUUGCAUUUAAUACGUAUCGUGUACUUUCCCUUGAUAUAUUCAUGCCGUUAGCUUGAAAUUUCAGGUUUCUUGUUUAGUGAGUCUGAGCAAAACACUGUCAAACAUUAACAUCUCCUGAAUUUAUUUUUUACUCGAAAACAAGCCAUCCGCAGUAUUGUACAAGCCUACAAGGACAUGCUUUGCCUAUUUGCUUUCCAUGUAGAAGAGUAUUUUGUUUCAAUUUUUUGUACUUGCUCUCAAAGGUGUAGCAGAUUGAUGAGUUUGAGAAUCUAAACAUUAAGUCACAAGUUUUUUUUUUUUCUGAUGUAAGCUUAAAAUUUUUUCCUAGCAAACUUUUUACUUUUCCUCCGAGGCUGGAAAGAAUUUUUAGGUGGAUUUUGUUAAUUUUUUUUUUUUGCAAGAUAUUCCUUACACGAGAACAGCUUGUGACUUCAAUGCGGUCUGUCAAGACUGCUACAAUUUUCACAGGAUUUAUCUAUUGUUGGUACAACUGGGUAGUAUAUUCUUUGUAUUUGACAAAAACUCUAACAUUGGGAACUCUAUAGGCACAUGUCAGCAAAAAUGGACCUAGUCAUUCGUAUACUUGGAGAAUGUUGUUUAGUCUAUGUUACUAUAUGCAAGGCCAUACAAAAAUUUACAUGUCCAAGAAGAAAAGACAAAACUCAAAGAUGAUUUUCGAAUGUUUUAUGGAAGAGUAGUUUUACGACUUCAUGACAUGCUCUCUAUGAUUCUGUUGUCAAUGUUGGUUGUUGAAGGUUUCAAUUUUCAGAUAUAAAGGUUGUCCCAGUUAUGAACCUUUCCACUUGUUGCUGUCAGAUACUGCUGUUAUGACUAAUGCUGCUGGCAGGAAGAUUGCAAAAAUUCCAAAUAAGAACUUGAUCUUUGACAUUAUACAUGUAUUCUAAUGGCCAAUUUGCCAGUUUCCUCUUGUUAUCAAGAAUGCUAAGAAGACUGCCAUUCUGACCGCCACAAAAGGUACAUUAUUGAAUGAGUCUUCUGUUGAGAAGUUGGAUCAGCUGGAAAGUCUGCAACCUCAUGGCCACAAGCAAAGUCAGCUAAGAGGAAAACUAAUAGUCACAAGUGAAGGUGAUAAGAGAGGUAAGAAUCUAAGGAACGAAGGUCUGUGUAUCUGUAUCUCAAGGAUGCUUCUCCAGUCUUAACACAUUGAGCAGAACUGCUUGAGUUGGAGAUUUUCAGCUUCUAUCACGGGUACCUUUCUCUGCCUAGCGUCAGAGCAUGUUCAGAGAAUUUGGGUAAAUAAAUUAUGGAGGGCAAAAUAAUGGAUUAGUUUUCAAGCAGGACAUGGAAUUGCACCAUUACCUUGUGAAUGAUAAAAAACGCACAGAUAACGAGCAGAGUUUGGAAGUGGCUUCUGCGAGAUGACCUAGAAAAUUUGAAAUGGCUACAUUCUCUCAUCUGUUGAGAUGUUGGUUAUCAAAUUGCUCUCCUGUUGGAUUUUCUUAUAUGUUCCUUGAAGAGAUUAAUGUUCUUUUUUUCUUAAUUUCUAAGUUCAUUGCCUCACAGUUGUAAUUUAUUAGAUGAGAUCGUAACGGCAAUAAAAUUGUCAUUCCAGGGGAAUAUGUCCCUAAUGUUUUUGCUUUUGUUUAUUAUUUUUGUACUGUUAACAAUAAUAAAUCUGCAUUCUGUUUUUGUUUA